AUGGAACAAAAUAUUAUGUUUAUUUUUUUUAUCAAAAUUUUUAUGUUUAUCCUCUUAAUUUGGAUGUGUCAUUUUUACAGUUACAUGAGCAGGUUUAACAAAAUUUUGGAUGAGAAUUAUGGUUCUGAUAAAAAAUUAGAUACUCGAAUUUAUCGAUUAUUAGGAAAUUGUGUAAAAGGUAUUUUUGCAAAUGUUGGUGAUUUAGAAUUAAAGAUAUCAUAUAAUAAAAAAAAAAAUAAAAAACAAUUAUUUACAACUGAUAAUGAAAAAUGGAACAAAGAAAAUAAAGAAAAAUUAUAUAGAAGUGCAUUAAUUAAGGAAAAAUUGAUUAAGCAACUUAUGAAAAAUAAAUCAUCCAUGUUGCAUAAAUCAUAUAAUUAUUAUGAAAAAAAAAUAAUGAAUGGACUUAAUGAUAAAGCUUUUUUUAAAAAAAUGAUGUUAAUUAAUGAUAAGAAUUACAAAAAAUUAAAGCGUAAAAAAUACGGAUUACGACUUUUUUUACUUUUACUAUUAUUCGUGGUGGUGUUAAUGAUACCUAUAUUAGAUUUAUCAUUAAGUAAUUCUAAUAAUUCAAUUUAUUUAUUGACAUUAUUAUGUCAGAUAUUAGGAUAUAGUUCUACGUCUGAUUCUCAGUCUCUUCAAGCUGGCUCUGAAGGCGUAGAUACCCCUUCAUUCAGCUCUUUUUGUUCAAAGAAUUCAACUACAGCAUUAAAAGUAUCUAGUAUUCUAAUAUAUUGUGUACCUAUUUUAAUAUUGGGUAUUAUACUUAUUCUAGGAAUUUUUUGUUAUUAUAGAAAAAUCAUAAAACAUAAACAAAUUAAGUCCUUGGAAACGUUCUAUGAGUGGUAA